AUGCUAAACAGCUACUGCUGCUGCUCCAGGAAAAGCCAUUGUGGAGGGCAGGCCCGGAGGAUCCAACCAGGAUUAGGAGGUUGCAGAGGCUUCCAGGGAGGAUCCAGCUUUGGUCUUAAUGGUCAUGGUCGAUCUGUGGCCCUGGUGGAGGCUGCAGGGUUCAUGGAGGAAUCCAAGAUUUUGACCUUUUUCCUGGACACAUCCCUAAAGGAUGAGGUUCUGAAAGACCAUGCCAGUGCAGAAGGACCAGCUUUUGCCCCUAUUGGGGACUACAAUGGUCAUGUUGGUCUUGGCAUUAAGUGCUCCAAGGAGGUAGCCACUGCCGUCAGAGAGGUCAUCAUCUUGGCCAAGCUUUCUAUUGUCCCUAUGCUGAGAGGCUACUGGGGGAACAAGAUUGGACAGCCUCGACAGAGGCACUGCCAUCAUCUCUACUUCUGUACCCAAGAAGCUACUGAUGAUGGCCUGUAUAAUGACUACACGUCAGCCAGGGGCUGCACUGCCAUCCUGGGCAACUUUAUCAAGGCCACCUUUGAUGCCAUCUCUGAGACCUUCAGCUUCCUGACCCCCCAACCUCUGGAAAGAGACUGUCACUGGAUUCCAGCUCCGCGUCGUGCCAAGCAAGAAUGCUUUCUAACUGAGGUUAUAAGUGUGUUCAGCCCUGUGCUGAAGCGAGACACAAAGAGAACACUGGGUUCUCCACCGCUGCAGGAGAAGGCAUGA